UGGAGAUAAAAACACAGCCAGAGGAAGGAAGCGACGACAUCGAGCCACCUCUGAGCUAGUGCUCUUUAGUUUUAUUUCACCAGUAAGCUUUCUGCACCGUAACCACGGACAGUUUUAUAUAUCGUUUUUAGCUGUUCUGUUUUUGUGUUGAUAUAGCCGCUACCUCCGUUUUCAUCUGCUGUCAACUGGUUGACUUUGACUCAAUAUGCCUUCAGAGAAAACCUUCAAACAAAGAAGGACAUACGAACAAAGAGUAGAAGAUGUCAGACUGAUCCGAGAGCAGCACCCUAACAAGAUACCUGUGAUCAUUGAGAGGUAUAAAGGAGAAAAACAGCUUCCCAUCCUGGACAAGACAAAGUUCCUGGUGCCAGACCACGUCAACAUGAGUGAGCUCAUCAAGAUUAUCAGGAGGCGCCUCCAGCUAAAUUCAAACCAGGCUUUUUUCCUGCUCGUCAACGGCCACAGCAUGGUGUCAGUGUCGACUGCCAUCUCCGAGGUGUAUGAGCGAGAGCGGGACCAAGAUGGCUUCCUCUACAUGGUGUAUGCCUCCCAGGAGACCUUUGGCUCUGCCACGACGUUCCAGUGAACCACCUUCCUUCUUCUUCCAACCAGCCGACAAUUGGACAAUUGUAGUUUUAACCCCCCCCCAUGUUUCUUGCCACACACCUUUAGUCUUGACUGUAAGAACUAAAACAAAAACUACUAAAUCUAAACACGGCGUAAAAUCGUUUCUCAGCUCAAAUUGGUUCAGGUUAUGAUCUCUAUAUUCUGACUGCAAUGAGGAGAUAAACUUUGUGUACCACCACACUCGCUCAGUAGCAUAAAGCCACAAGGGUCGACCAGAACAGCAGAGUUUAAGUAGAGAAAUUCCCAAAUCUGACUAUAACUCAGGCCACUAGAGUCUUCUACUGUGUGUCUCUGCUUCUGUAUUGUCCCCUCUAGUGAAUCAUAUUGUUAUUGCAACAUAUCGCCUUUGACAGGAGUUAUUUUCAGUGUUGUGCUCCUAGGCUCUAUUUAUGUUCAUGUAUAUAUACAUAUCAGGUAGUGACAUUACAUAAAAGUGGCAAUGCUCCACCACUUAUCUAUAUAUACAUUAGCCAAUGAGUAAAGCCAACCUUAAUUUUAAGGUUUUUGGAGACGGGCCCUAUAAAAGGGUCUCUGGAUUCACGUGUUAUUUUUAAUUAAGCUUUUUAUCGCAGUCUGAGGUUAAAGUUAGGGAUUUGUAGACAUUCUGUCUAUGGUCCUUCUUUGGUGUUUUAAUCCCUCCCUGGCUUGCAGCCUAAAGCAUCUUCUUCACUGCAACAAAAAGAUGUUAGGAAACUGCUUUAGAUUGAUGAUUGUAGUUUGCAAAAAAGAUGCCUUGGUGAAUAGAUAAUAUUGACUUAAUGGCUAUGAAUAUAAAAGCAGUUCCGUUGGGAGUGUAACCAAGUUGAAUUUGGACACACUACAAGGAGCAUGGUCUAAUUGCAUGUGUGAAUGGGGGAAUGGUGUUUCUUUAAAUGCUGAUGAGGAGAGGGGUUUGCCAUUUCCUUUCCCUUCUUAUUUCCGCAAGUAAUGAAAAGUGUAAUAUAUGGAUCUAAUGGAGGAGGGUCCUGAAACCUGUGCAGGAUGCUGAGCGUCAUGUCUGACUGUCCAUCUGUUUUGUUUUGUUUUCCUUUUGACCUACAGGGUUGAUUUCCCAGAGCUGUAAUUGUUGGUCUGUUUCACUUUACUGAAAUACAACACGCACUGUCACUGUGGGAACUUCCACCUGCCCAGUGGGUUUUAAGAGCUGCACUCUACAAGAAAAACACAUUUUGAAUAUCCAUUUUGUCAAUAUAUAUGGUCCGUCACACACUUUUUAUGCUGUUGUGCUUCUCCUCCUCCUCGUCACCAUCUUUUUAACAGAUCAGAGGGUUAGCUGCUUUUAUAUCGCAGUAUUUUAUCAUUUUGGUUCUUUUUAUUUAACGUGAUUUUUAUUUCAUUGUUCAACAUGUCUUGACUCUUCGCUGUCUAUAGUAUGUGAAGGUGACUUCUUCUUUCUGACUAGUGAAAGCCACUGUGUGUUUGUUACAGAGGGGUGGAGUAUUUGCUUCAUUGCUGUUUUCUCUGCCUGUUCCUCUGUUUCACACACACAUCCACACACAGCAAUAUCACAAAGCCUCCUCUUAUGUAUGUAUGUUGGUAUUUUGUAAACAAUAAAAAAA